UUUGUGUUUGUGAAGGCCACAACGAAAGGCGAAGCGAAGCGGAGAUCGUGAUCAUGGCGAAGCCAUAAUGAAGCUGCAGCCAGAUGGAGGCGCGUGCCAGCCACAAUCUAAUUCCCUGUACUGGUUGUUGUCAUGGAAAAUGACUUUGAACUUUAUUGUUUUGCUGCCAGUGCCAGUGCCAAGUGCUCAUGGUCUAGCCGGUUUCUGUUGCGAUUUGGGUAUAACAUUUUCCUGUUGGAUUUUGUGCGAUUUGAAUUGAUCGCGUAACUUAAUUCAUAAAUGCAGAAAAAGGAGAGAGAGAGGCAGAGAGCGAGAGAAAUGGCAGGUCAACAAAUGGCAGACACUCACUUUUUGGCCAGCACCAGCGACCGUCCGCCGUCUAUCAACCGCUGAAGCUGCAGCUGAACCCAAAGUUGGAGCUGGAGCUGCUGCUUGUGUAAUGGGAAAACACUAUCCAGGCCGUUUGUCCUACUCCGAGGCCAUAUAAAAACGCGCCACCCGACCAAACGGAGGCACAUUGCCAGCGCUGCAGUCGAGCAGUCAUCAAGGCUGCAUUCCCAGCAAAAGGUUCCAGAGCCCAGAGAAAUGGCGAACGUUAAUUUGCAGAUGCCGCUCAUUGCAGCCGCCACAACCAUAUUGACGAUUGUCGGUGCAACGACCAUGGCCAGGAAUCCGCCACCUUCCGCCAUGGGUGCGGCAGUGCAUGGUGGCAGCUAUGGGAACAAUGUGGCCUCGUUGUACGACAACCGAUGGCUGCCCAUGAAGCAGCUUCAGUCGCGGCAGCAUCAUGGAAAUCAUGAAAGCUACGGCACAGGGGAGCGUCGCAUACACCAUGGAGGGUCGUCGUCGUCUGGACUGACUGCAGUGCUUAAUGGACUCACCAGUCUAUCGGGCCUGGGUCACAUUAGCAACGGGUACGGCUCAGUGGCUCCCGCCCACACGGAGGCCCUGGCACUUGGGUCGUCCAAGCAGGAGAUACCGAUUUACGAGGAACACAAUGAGGAAGCCGCCGUGGCGGCUGUGGCAGCAACGGCCAACGACUAUGGCAGCAGUCUGGAAAACAAUCAGCAGCAGCAUCAGUCUCCCGCUUACAAUUAUCCUUCUGCAUCGCACAAUGGCGGAUUCCUGCCCGCGUACGGCUACGGUUUCGGCGGCUCAGAGCAGGGCUAUGGAUCAUGGGCAUUAUCAGCGCCUGAGGAACAGCAGCAACACCAGCAGCAGCAUGAACAGCAGCCGUAUGCCUACGAGAAAAUUUCAAUGGGAAACUUCCUACCACAUUAUGAGCAGAAUUCUGGCUAUGAUGAGCCGCAGCGGCAGCAGGAGCAGCUCUACCAGCAGCUGAAGCAGCAGCAGCAGCAGGAGCAGCAGCAUUCCUCCUACUUUAGUCCCCACGGAGAGACAUCCGCCUCUGGCUCUGCAUCGUCAUCAUCCGCAUCGAGCGGUUCUGGCGAUGACUAUGAAGAGCAUCAAGGAGAUGGCCCGGAGCAGAGCUCCAACUACUUGUCCGAGUCGUCAAGUGGUCAUAGCGGCCAGGGGGGACAGGGGGCGCAUCACUCCCAUCAUGUGGAUAUCAUCAACUAUGUGCCGGUGAAGCAUGUGAAGAAGCAGCACGUGCCAGUGGAGAAGCCCGUCAAGAUACCCAUUUCCCAUGCAGUCAUCAUACCCGUACGCAAGCCUGUGCCCAUCCACAUACCGAUCACCAAAACAAUUCAGGUGCCCUACGAGAAGGAGCUGAAGGUGCCCGUGGAGCGUGUGGUGCCGGUGCCCGUGGAGAAGCACAUACCCAUACCCGUGGAGAAGCAUGUGCCCUACCAGGUGAUUAAGUACGUUCCCAUCAAGGUGCCCAAGCCAUUCCCCGUGAAGGUGCCCGUCUUCAAGACAGUCCUGCACAAGGUCAAGAGCUGGUGGUAGGAUCUAGUACGUAUCGCUAUGAAUCUCAACUCUCAUUUGGAUUCAGCGCACAAGUUUACUUUGUUAUAAUUAUAAGCACAUUAUGCACCCCCAUUCCCGUUCCUCGUCAACCAAAGCGAACAUCGUAAUGCAAUUUUCAGCACUGCGCAGCGCAGCACAGCACAGCAUUUCGUUUUUCCAUUUUCAAUGCCGUUUUGAGUUUUGAAAUUCAUUUAAUCCUCGUGAUGUACAACAAUUUUGUGACUCAUUUAACAUUACAACAAUUUGCAUUCAAAUACAAACACGAACGGAAA